AUGUCUGAGCCAUAUCCCCACAUUGAUGAUGACGAUGAAACCUUCUGGGCGCCAGGUACCGUAAGGCUGGAGGACUUGACUCGGACUACCACCGAAGUCAUCCUCCACCCCAUUCCGACCAGUGAUCCAGAUGACCCGUUGAACUGGUCCACUGCGCGUAAGAUGCUCAACUUCAGCUUGGUCGGCUUCUACGUGCUCUGGACAUUCGCACAACUCCAAGUUGGCUCCCCGUCUUGGGGCCAGUUGAUCGCCCAACUGCACCUAACCGUCGACCAGUUGAACAAUGGAGUGGCCAUGACCAAUGCUGGCCUCAGCAUUGGCUGCAUGCUGUUUAUGCCUUUUGUGCACAAGUACGGACGUCGUCCUCUGUACAUGAUUAGCGUUGCACUGCAGCUGGCUGGUGUCGCAUGGCAGUCCCAGAUCAACAGCUACGGCGGUUAUAUGGGAGCGAAUUUCAUCGCAGGUCUGGGUGGAGCCCUGAGCGAGGCCGUCGUGCAAGUGACCAUUGCCGAUAUCUUCUUCCUGCACGAGCACGGAACCAUGAAUGCAUGGUACCUCGUCUUUACCGCUGUCGGUGCGACUCUUGGCCCCGUCGCUUCUGGUUUCGUGGUCCAGUCCCAAGGCUGGCGAUGGAUCUGGCACUGGUGUACCAUUUUCAUUGCCAUCAACAUGUUCCUCGUCACCUUCUGCUUCGAGGAAUCGAAAUACAUCCCCAUCCUCGAGGGCGAGCAGGGCUCCUCUGCAGUAAACACCACGGCUGUCGACCUCGAGCAGAAGAGCGAGACCAAGACUGCCGAAGAUAUCAAGCAUACUGCCAUGGAGAGGAUUCAGUCACGGAUUGACCCAACAUUGCCACGAAAGACUUACUUUCAACGCAUGGCUCUGGUAACUCCCUCGGAUUACUCUAUCGCGCAUCAUUUCUACCAGCCUAUCUACGUCCUCUUCCUCUUCCCAGCAGUCGCCUACGCCGCUCUUACAUACGGCACCAUCCUGGCGUGCUUGGCGCUCAUGUCCUCGAUGCAGGCUACGUACCUCAUCCGGCCACCCUACAACUUCAGUCCUUCCGGAGUCGGACUCAUGAAUCUUGCCCCGUUCACUGGCACCUUUCUCGGCUUCUUUGCCGGUGGUUGGCUCAACGAUCGCGCAAUGCUGUUCUUCGCGAGGCGUAAUGGAGGAAUCUACGAGCCUGAGAUGCGUCUUCGCCUCGGCCUUGCAGCUGCCUUCAUCCUCCCAGGCGGUGUUCUGAUAUUUGGCCUGGUCUUGUCUCGCGGUCUGCACUGGAUGGGCAUGGCUGUAGGCUUCGGCUUGUUUGGCUUCACCUUUGUGCUUGCCAGCGGUAUUGCCCUUGCAUACGUGACGGAUUGCUAUCAAGAGAUUCUCGGUGACGCCAUGAUUGGCAUUGUCUUCAUGAGGAACGUGUUCUCUGUCAUCAUCCUUUUCACGCUUUCCCCCUGGACAAAGGCAAUGGGCAUUCAGAACGUUGCCCUUAUCACGGCUGCCUUCUGUUUCUUGGUUCUUUUGAUGCCUAUUCCACUGAUCAUCUGGGGUAAGAGGAUGAGGGUCUACACGGCGAAGAAGUACCAACAGAUGGCGAUGCGACAGCCGGCUCAUCGGUCAUUGGGAGAACACUUGUAG